UGCGCGCAGCCGCGAGCCCGCAGGGCGCCGGCCCUUUAAGGAGGAACAGGACUGGGCCACCGCGUCACAGCACCAGCACAGGAAAGUAGGAAGCGGCGUGGCUGGAGGCCUUUCUGGAACACCUGUGGCCAUACCCCUACCUAGGAGGUUCGCUGACUCUUCAAAAGGCUGUUGCAGAGGCAAGAGCACAGGGCCUCUCCAUUGCAGAAGACAGCAGGUGGACAGCCUUGCUGCAGAGGUGGGAGAGCACCAUUCAAACCCUGGCUUGGCUUGAGGUGGCAGAGGCUUCAAAUACGCGUUUCCUACUUCCAGAGUGCCUAAAUCACUGGACCGUAGCUUAAAGAUGGAUUCUCACAAAGAAGCUCAGCCUAAAGGAGAGUUCAAAUGUCGGUUAUGUGGCUUAACAGCUCCAUGCACCUACUAUGGGCAGAAGCCACCAAACACACGCUCUAUCAUGCUUUUGGAAGAAAGUUAUGUCAUGAAGGAUCCUUUCACCCCUGAAAAGGACAGAUUCCUCAUCCUUGGGUCUCAGUGCAGUUUGUGUAGCAGAUCAGUGUGUGUCGGUACAGAGUGUAGCCUGUUUUACUCCAAAAGGUUCUGCCUCCCCUGUGUGAAUGACAACCUGAAGGCUUUUCCUUUGGAAAUACAGGAAGAUAUGGAUAAAAGGAAGCCCCAACCAAAAUCAUUCCCCUCUAAAAAAGUGGAUUCAAGGACUUCUUAAAUAUUGAAGGACCAAGACAGGCAGUUUUUUGGCUGGAGUUUUGCCUCUCUUCUUUUUCCAGACUAUCAUAUUGCUCCUGUUAAAGUGACCUUCAUCAGCUCACUACUACAGAAAACAGUAACACAUUUCCUUACAUUUGGCUUGGCUUCAGGCAUCAUCAUACAGCAAUUACAGUGCCAGCAGUAUGGCCUUAAGGUGUUGAAAAGCCAGAAAUAAAGGCAGACAAGCCUGUUGUCACCACAUUAAAUGCAUGUGGUAAAAAACCCAAACAGCUUAAAGCAUAGGAAAUGCAUCCAAAUUUCAUAUUUGUUAUUUUAAUAAUGUUUUAUGUUGUUCUUGACACUCCUACAGUGUUAUAAAAAGCAGAGACAGAUUUAUCUGGCUUAAUUCAGCACACUUCCACAGAAGUCAGCAUACCCCAUUGUUACCCAGACAAUGUGGUCUUAAUAAGAUUAUAGUAGGCACUCAAAAUUUUAUUUUUUCAAUUUAAAAUAAACCUGUUAUAGAUAUCAUAGAUACCCUUAGAAAUAUGUAGAUUUUUUGAAGGUCAUAAUCUCAGUAUUAGCAACCUUUUAAGAUUUCUGAAAGUAAGUAAGUGCUCAUAAUAAAAUGCUAGCUGAUUCUUACAAGUCUGCAGUCACCUUACAUUCAAAUUUCUAGUCCAUGCCAGGAUAGCAGUGAGAGUGGUUAGGAACCCUUACUACAGCUACUUUAAACUUUGCAAGUAAAAAAAUGACUUCCUUUUCACUUUCACAUCAGAUAAUCUGGAAAUAAAUAGGGAAAAAAAUCAACUAAUUAAUAAACUCAAUUCUUUCCUGAAGUGUGCAGUGAAAUUGCAACUAGAGUAAGAAUCCAAGAAACCUAAUUUUGGUCACAAAAGGAUUAAAAGUUGCUAGGGAAAAAGCAAUUGUUUAGCUCAAAUACUAGUUUCAUAGUUAUUUAUGUUGACUGUGUCUUAGGUACAAGGAAAAUUUAUAUAGUAUCUCUAUCACACCACUUAGUGGCAUACUUUAAGGAUAUUUCUGCAAUGCUGUCUAAUCACCAGGUCACAUCGUUUAGUCAAGCAUUUGUUGAGUGUUGGUUCAGAAAAUGUUAAUGCCUUGGUUAAUAACGCCCGUUUUCUUAGCUCUUCUAUCCAUGUGAUUUGUCAUAUGUUAACUUCUGAAGCUAAUCAUUUCAGUAGAGUGAACCACCUAUCUGUUAAAAGAAUCCAACAUAAUUUCAAUGAGUUAUUUUAAGUUAUUUAGGGCAAGAAUAAAUCUUUCAUUUUCUUUUUAUUGAGCCCAGCAUAGUGGUGGUUUCAGUUGAUGACUGGGAUUUCUAACAGUUACUAGAAGAGCAGUAACAGACCUGUUAGUGCCCUUCUCAAUCUCUAGGUGCUUGAAGACAGAAAAAAGUAUAUAUAGCCUCUAGGUGCUUGAAGACAUAUACAGCCUUAGUUGUCUUAAAAAAAAAAUGCAUUAAAAGUUAUCCAAAAAAGGGGAGUAGAAUCAUUGCUAAAAGGGGACAGAAGCUGUAACUACAUGGUUUGAGCCAUUAUAGCCUGCUAAUUCAAGAGAAGAGUAGAAACAGCUAAGGAAGAUGAGUGUUUUGUAGUUACCUGGUUACUUGUUCCUUUUUGGUAAAGCAAAGCUUGCUUUCAGCAUGGCCCACAAAAUGGUUCACUAGCCUGAGGCUAUGAUUAAAGUCCAAGUUUGUCAGAUAUGGUCUGUAACUUCUGUUUUAUGUUUAAGGGAAAGUAUACUGAGCUACAUGUAAUUUGAUAGUUCCUAUAAUGAUGAAGGAUUAUAUAAAAUUGUUUAAUCUUCUUGGAUGUGUAUUAAAACUUGUGUCUACAGCAUUCUAAUGAUCAGUGUUGAACAUGGACGUUAUGAUCCCUGUAUCCUAAUACAUUAUUAGAAUUAUUAGCAUAUAUGUGUGAUUGCAGACCAAAAGCCAUCAUGCCUAUACUUUCCAGGCACCUGGCCUACUUUUGAAGAUAUGCUGAGCUUUUACAGUUUGAUUUCUUCUGGCUCCUUGAAUACUUUCUACUGCUGAAAAUUAGGGCCUCGAUGGUUCACAGCAAAGCUGAUGCAGAAACAUGCAUCUCCACGCUCUGCAGGAACUCUUCUUCAGUGUUGUUCUUACCAGCUUAAUAAACCACCAGAUCUUUGGCUGGGGUCGGGGGGCGGGAGGAGAUUAUCUGUGAUAUAGCCUUCCCCACCAAUAUUUAAUUUGAAGACAUGCUCAUCAAAGUAGUUUGUGCUACAAUUCACCUAGAAGUGAAUUCCAAAAUUCUUGUUAUUUCUUAAGCUGGUCAUACAUGGGUAUGCAGAAGGAUAGUAAGUCAACAGACAACGGCUCUCGCUCGCGCUCGCUCGUGCUCUCUCUCUAUCUCUCUCCCCCCCCCAACUAAAGUUAAUCUGCGAGGACCAACACUUUAAAGAUGCUCCAAAUUAUCUCUGCACCUUUAAAAGAUUCACACACCUUAUUACAUAGUACGCAUAUUUAAUACAGUUUCUUUACAGUUAUUUGAUGCUAAUCUCAAACUGGUAUGGGCACCAGUCCCACAUUAUUAUGAAUUAUUUUUCCUAGAAGUAAAAGAUCGGCACAACUCAUUAAACUUACUUUUAAAAAUACUUUAUUAAUUUUUUAAAACCAUUAAGGCAAAACCUUUUUUGAAAUUAACCAUCUUUACAUUCAGUCUUACAGGAUAACUUUUUUUUUUUUUUUAAAGCAUAGAUCUCUACCAGUCUGUGUACAAACACUAUGAAUUCUACCUCUUUAUUUUUAAAGGAGAGGAAGAAAAUUCAAAAUGUAAAAAAAAAAAAAAAAAAAAAAACUUUUUCAUUCUAGAUCAGUAGACUGGCAACAUUUGAGAAUUCACCAUCACAUUUAGCAAUAUAUAAUUUGUACAUUCACAAGUGCAAGAGACUGUCUUUCCUAUAAAUCCCUGUGAGACCAGGACUUCCAUUCUUUCUUGAAAAUUUCAUUUGCAUUGUUCUGACUGAAAGAAACUUGGGAACAUAGAUUGAAUUAGUGGUAUUUUACUGCAAAACAAGCAUUCCAUGAGAAUCAGGUUGGACUACUCCCUGUAAGAAAUGUCUGCUCCUCAGAAGUUUGUUAUUUAAUACAGUAAAAGGCACCCAAGAGACAUCAUAAAAAAAAAAUUAAGUGACUGGAAACAAUGAUGUUUUCUUCUCUUUAAUAUUGGUAUUUUUAUGUAAUUAAAUCCUUGCUAGUUCCAUAGAUUAGGGCAUUGCAACACUAAUAAAAAUACUUUUUUUUUUUUUUGGUGUCACAGCGGGUAACAGACAAUUUAAGACAUGAUAAAGGGUUUCAACAUCAUGAUGUAAUUAAAAUGAUGUAUAACACUCCUAAGGAAAAUUCAGAGCAAUUGUUUGUAAGAGCUGUAAAACAGCAGGAGCAAUAUGAAAUGUAGGCCAUCUGAAAAGUUGAUAAAAUGGACUCCAUCAAACAAUACCGGGAUCGUGUUAAAAUCAUUAAUAUUAAAGCUUUGAUUAGCUUUGUUAUUGCUAAAGAGAUAAACCAUAAAUGAUCUUCUCACUUCCGAAAGCAGAACAAAGUAUUAGUGGAUACAGAGAUGGCAGCAUUACUUCACGUGCACACCCACUAAAUGGGCUCCCUUUCCUCAGGAGGACAGGAUGAACAGGACAUGAUGCCAGCAGCUGAACAAUGGCAGUCUGCUCGGUAGCGGUCUGCCAAAUGGAGCUGCUGGUGAGCACAGGUAGAGACAGGCAUGAGUGCACACAUGGCCUCAUGAGCAGCUCUGAAGAGUGCUGCAGUACUGAUGGGGGCAAAGGCACUGUCUCCAUGAAGGCAACCCUAAGCUAUCACGUGGCAAAAUUUACCUACGCUUUGUGAAUGUGACAGAGGUAAUAAAGAUUGGAUUUGAAUUGCA